AUGCUGUGUUGCCUGCUGGUGAGGGCCAGCAACCUGCCGGGAGUGAAGAAGGACCAGCGUAGCGAUCCGGUGGCCAGCCUGACUUUCCGAGGAGUGAAGAAGAGAACCAAAGUCAUCAAGAACAGCGUGAACCCCGUGUGGAAUGAGGGCUUUGAGUGGGACCUCAAGGGCAUCCCCCUGGACCAGACAUCUGAGCUUCAUGUGGUGGUCAAAGACCAUGAGAAGAUGGGGAGGAACAGGUUCCUGGGGGAGGCCAAGAUCCCACUCAGGGAGGUCCUCGCCACACCCAGCCUGUCAGCCAGCUUCAAUGCCCCACUCCUGGACACCAAGCAGCAGUCCACGGGGGCCUCACUGGUCCUGCAGGUGUCCUACACGCCGCUCCCUGGAGCAGUACCCCUGUUCCCACCCACCACGCCUCUGGAGCCCUCUCCAACCCUGCUGGAUUCGGAUGCACUGGCUGGUGGGGGACAGAGCCGGGCCGAGACUUGGUCCCUGCUCAGUGACAGCACGGUGGACACGAGAUACUCUGGAAAGAAGUGGCUGCCCCCCACGGAUACAGGAGGAGAGGAGGAACCGGAGGACCAGGGACUCACAGGGGAUGAGGCAGAGCCAUUCCUAGAUACCAGUGGUGUGCCAGGUCCGGGGGCUCCCUCCACCCCAAAGAAGCCACCAUCUCAUCCUCCCCACUAUCAUCCUGGGAGUAAGAGAGCCAGGAGCACACCUGCACCCAGAAAGCUGCAGUUGGACAAACCGCAGGACUUCCAGAUCAGGGUACAGGUGAUUGAAGGGCGCCAGCUGCCGGGGGUGAACAUCAAGCCUGUGGUCAAGGUCACAGCUGCUGGGCAGACCAAGCGGACACGGAUCCACAAGGGGAACAGUCCACUCUUCAACGAGACUCUUUUCUUCAAUCUGUUCGACUCUCCCGCGGAGCUGUUCAACGAGCCCAUCUUUGUCACGGUGGUGGACUCGCGUUCCCUCAGGACCGAUGCACUCAUCGGGGAGUUCCGGAUGGACGUGGGCACUGUCUACAGAGAGCCUCGACAUGCGUAUGUCAGAAAGUGGCUGUUGCUUUCCGACCCUGAUGACUUCUCUGUGGGUGCCAAGGGCUACCUGAAAGCCAGUGUGUGUGUGCUGGGUCCAGGGGAUGAAGCACCCAUGGACAAAAAAGACCCCUCCGACGAUAGGGAGGACAUUGAAGGCAACCUGCUCAGGCCCACAGGGGUGGCCCUGCGAGGAGCCCACUUCUGCCUGAAGCUCUUCCGGGCUGAGGACCUGCCGCAGAUGGAUGAUGCUGUGUUGGACAAUGUGAAGCAGAUCUUUGGCUUUGACAGCAACAAGAAGAACUUGGUGGAUCCGUUCGUGGAGGUCAGCUUUGCAGGGAAAAUGCUGUGCAGCAAGAUCCUGGAGAAGACGGCCAACCCUCAGUGGAACCAGAGCAUCACUCUGCCUGCCAUGUUUCCCUCCAUGUGUGAGAAAAUGAGGAUUCGCGUGAUGGACUGGGACCGCCUCACCCACAACGACAUCGUGGCCACCACCUACCUGAGUAUGUCGAAGAUCUCUGCCCCUGGAGGGGAACUGGAAGUGGAUGACCAUCUGGGGUUUCUGCCCACUUUUGGGCCCUGCUAUGUCAACCUCUACGGCAGCCCCAGGGAGUUCACAGGAUUUCCGGACCCCUAUGCGGAGCUCAACACCAGCAAGGGAGAAGGCGUGGCUUACCGAGGCCGCCUCCUGCUCUCCCUGGAGACCAAGUUGGUGGAGCACAGUGAGCAAAAGGUGGAGGACCUCCCUGCUGACGACAUUCUGCGGGUGGAGAAGUACCUGAGGAGGCGCAAGUACUCGCUGUUUGCUGCCUUCUACUCAGCCUCGAUGCUGCAGGAUGUGGACGCUGCCAUCCAAUUUGAAGUCAGCAUCGGCAACUAUGGGAACAAGUUUGAUACAACCUGUCUGCCACUGGCCUCCACCACCCAGUACAGCCGGGCAGUCUUCGAUGGUUGCCACUACUACUACCUGCCCUGGGGCAACGUGAAGCCGGUGGUGGUACUGUCCUCCUACUGGGAAGACAUCAGCCACAGGGUGGAGACACAGAACCUCCUGCUUGGAAUCGCUGACCGGCUGGAAGCUGGUCUGGCGCAGGUCCACCUGGCCCUGAAGGCGCAGUGCUUGGAGGACGCAGACACCCUGGGGGCUCGGCUGAUGGAUGAGCUCAUUGCAGACUGCAGUCAGCCUCUGCACAACGCCCGUGAGACACCCUCUGCCACCCAACUGGACCACUACCUGUACCAGCUGCGUAGUCGUCACCUGAGCCAGAUCACAGAGGCCGCCCUGGCUCUGAAGCUCAGCCAUGGUGGGCUCCCCGCUGUCCUGGAGCAGGCAGAGGACUGGCUGCUGCGUCUCCGUGCCCUGGCUGAGGAGCCCCAGAACAGCCUGCCAGACAUCAUCAUCUGGAUGCUGCAGGGAGACAAGCGUGUGGCCUACCAGCGUGUGCCGGCCCACCAAGUUCUCUUCUCCCGGCGGGGGGCCCGCUUCUGUGGCAAGGACUGUGGCAAGCUGCAGACCAUCUUUCUCAAAUAUCCGAUGGAGAAGGUGCCUGGAGCCCGGAUGCCAGUGCAGAUUCGGGUCAAGCUCUGGUUUGGGUUAUCUGUGGAUGAGAAGGAGUUCAACCCAUUCGCUGAAGGGAAACUGUCCGUCUUUGCUGAAACCUAUGAGAACCAGACCAAGCUGGCCCUGGUUGGAAACUGGGGCACUACGGGCCUCACCUACCCCAAGUUUUCUGACGUGACGGGCAAGAUCAAGCUGCCCAAGGACAGCUUCCGUCCCUCUGCUGGCUGGGCCUGGGCCGGAGAUUGGUUCGUGUGUCCGGAGAAGACCCUGCUCCAUGACGCUGAUGCUGGCCACCUGAGCUUCGUGGAGGAGGUGUUUGAGAACCAGACACGGCUGCCCGGAGGCCAGUGGAUCUACAUGAGUGACAACUACACCGAUGUGAAUGGGGAGAAGGUACUGCCCAAGGAUGACAUUGAAUGCCCUCUGGGCUGGAAGUGGGAAGACGAAGAGUGGUCCACUGACCUCAACCGGGCCGUUGAUGAACAAGGCUGGGAGUACAGCAUUGCCAUGCCCCCGGAUCGAAAGCCCAGGCACUGGGUGCCUGCUGAGAAGAUGUACUACACGCACCGCCGACGGCGCUGGGUGCGCCUGCGCAGGAGGGACCUCAGCCAGAUGGAAGCCCUGAAGAGGCACAGGCAGGCGGAGGCAGAGGGCGAGGGCUGGGAGUACGCCUCACUCUUUGGCUGGAAGUUCCACCUGGAGUAUCGCAAGACGGAUGCCUUUCGACGCCGCCGCUGGCGCCGCCGCAUGGAGCCGCUGGAGAAGACAGGGCCUGCAGCUGUGUUUGCUCUUGAGGGGGCCCUGGGUGGUGUGGUGGACGACAGGAGUGAGGAUUCCAUGUCAGUGUCCACACUGAGCUUCGGCGUGAACAGACCCACUAUUUCCUGCAUCUUUGACUAUGGAAACCGCUAUCAUCUACGCUGCUACAUGUACCAGGCCCGGGACCUGCCUGCGAUGGACAAGGACUCAUUUUCUGAUCCCUAUGCUAUCGUCUCCUUCCUGCACCAAAGCCAGAAGACAGUGGUGGCCAAGAACACCUUGAACCCCACUUGGGACCAGACACUCAUCUUCUAUGAGAUCGAGAUCUUUGGUGAGCCGGCCAGCAUCACUGAGCAGCCGCCCAGCAUCGUAGUGGAGCUGUACGACCAUGACACCUAUGGUGCUGAUGAGUUUAUAGGCCGCUGCAUCUGUCAGCCAAGUCUGGAGCGGACACCCCGGCUGGCCUGGUUCCCACUGCUGCGGGGUGGUCAGCCAGCCGGAGAGCUGCUGGCUUCCUUUGAACUCAUCCAGAGAGAGAAGCCGGCCAUCCACCACAUUCCUGGUUUUGAGGUGCCAGACAGCUCAAGGAUCUUGGAUGAGUCUGACGAUGCAGAUCUGCCCUACCCUCCACCUCAGAGGGAGGCCAACGUCUACAUGGUUCCGCAGAACAUCAAACCUGCUCUGCAGAGGACCGCCAUAGAGAUUCUGGCGUGGGGCCUGCGGAACAUGAAGAGCUACCAGCUGGCCAGCAUCUCCUCCCCCAGCCUCGUGGUGGAGUGUGGGGGCCAGACGGUGCAGUCUUGUGUCAUCAGGAACCUGCGCAAGAACCCCAACUUCGAUGUCUGCACCCUCUUCAUGGAAGUGAUGCUACCCCGGGAGGAGCUCUACUGCCCUCCCAUCGUGAUCAAGGUCAUUGAUAACCGCCAGUUUGGCCGCCGGCCUGUUGUGGGCCAGUGCACCAUCCGUUCCCUGGAGAGCUUCCUGUGCGACCCCUAUUCGGCCGAGAGUCCAUCUCCACAGGGCGGCCCAGAUGAUGUGAGCUUGCUCAGCCCUGGAGAAGACGUGCUCAUCGACAUUGAUGACAAGGAGCCGCUCAUCCCCAGUCAGCUUGCAGAUGGGCUGUCGAGCUUGGCCCCCACUAACACGGCGUCUUCUCCAUCCAGUCCUCAUGAAGAAGAGUUCAUCGAUUGGUGGAGCAAAUUCUUUGCCUCUAUAGGGGAGAGAGAGAAGUGUGGUUCCUACUUGGACAAGGAUUUUGACACGCUAAAGGUCUAUGACACCCAGCUGGAGAAUGUGGAGGCCUUUGAGGGUUUGUCUGACUUCUGCAACACCUUUAAGCUGUACCGGGGCAAGACUCAGGAGGAGAUGGAGGACCCAUCUGUCAUUGGGGAGUUUAAGGGCCUCUUCAAAAUUUACCCCCUCCCAGAAGACCCGGCCAUUCCUUUGCCUCCAAGACAGUUCCACCAGCUGGCUGUCCAGGGACCCCAGGAGUGCUUGGUCCGGGUCUACAUUGUCCGUGCAUUUGGACUGCAACCCAAGGACCCCAAUGGGAAGUGUGAUCCUUAUGUCAAGAUCUCCAUAGGGAAGAAAUCGGUGAGCGACCAGGACAACUACAUCCCCUGCACCUUGGAGCCUGUAUUUGGAAAGAUGUUUGAGCUGACCUGCACCCUGCCCCUGGAGAAGGACCUGAAGAUCACCCUGUAUGACUAUGACCUCCUCUCCAAGGAUGAGAAGAUUGGGGAGACGGUCAUUGACCUGGAGAACAGGCUGCUGUCUAAGUUUGGGGCUCGCUGCGGCCUCCCACAGACCUACUGCAUCUCUGGACCAAACCAGUGGAGGGAUCAGCUCCGCCCCUCCCAGCUCCUGCACCUCUUCUGCCAGCAGCACAGAGUCAAGGCCCCCGUGUACUGGACAGACCGUGUGGCAUUUCAGGAUAAGGAGUACACUCUGGAGGAGAUAGAGGCUGGCAGACUCCCAAAUCCCCACCUGGGCCCAGCACAGGAGCGUCUGGCCUUACACAUCCUCCAGCAGCAGGGCCUGGUUCCAGAGCAUGUGGAGACACGGCCCCUCUACAGCCCUCUGCAGCCGGACAUUGAGCAGGGGAGGCUGCAGAUGUGGAUAGACCUGUUUCCCAAGGCUCUGGGACGGCCUGGACCUCCCUUCAACAUCACCCCUCGGAGAGCCAAAAGAUUCUUCCUGCGUUGCAUUAUCUGGAACACCAAAGAUGUGAUCCUGGACGAUUUCAGCAUCACUGGGGAGAAGAUGAGUGACAUUUAUGUGAAAGGCUGGAUGGUCGGUUUCGAGGAGCACAAGCAGAAGACGGAUGUGCACUACCGCUCGCUUGGCGGCGAGGGCAACUUCAACUGGAGGUUCAUCUUCCCCUUUGACUAUCUGCCGGCUGAGCAGGUCUGCACCAUCGCUAAGAAGGAUGCCUUCUGGAGACUGGACAAGACUGAGAGCAAAAUCCCCGCUCGAGUGGUGUUCCAGAUCUGGGACAAUGACAAGUUCUCCUUCGAUGACUUCCUGGGUGCCUUGCAGUUGGACCUCCACCGCAUGCCCAGGCCAGCCAGGACAGCUGAGAAGUGCUCCUUGGACCAGCUGGAUGAGGUCUUCCACCCAGAGCGCUUUGUAUCUCUCUUUGAGCAGAAGACAGCAAAGGGCUGGUGGCCCUGUGUGGCCGAAGAGGGCGAUAAGAAGAUCUUGGCGGGCAAGCUGGAAAUGACCCUGGAGAUUGUAGCAGAGAGUGAGCAUGAGGAACGGCCAGCUGGCCAGGGUCGGGAUGAGCCCAACAUGAACCCGAAGCUCGAAGACCCAAGGCGUCCUGACACCUCCUUCCUGUGGUUCACCUCCCCGUACAAGACGAUGAAAUUCAUCCUGUGGCGGCGCUACCGAUGUGCCAUCAUCUUCUUCAUCAUCCUCUUCAUCCUGCUGCUGUUUCUGGGCAUUUUUGUCUAUGCCUUCCCGAACUAUGCUGCCAUGAAGCUGGUGAAACCCUUCAGCUGAGAGCACUCCUGGCCCUGUGCUGCUGAGUUCCUGCAGCUCUCCGAGACCAGCCAUCCUGCCAAAGUGGGCAACACAGAAGGACAGACGCAUGCUCCAAGAGUGGCUAACAUCGAGCCUGGUGGAUGGUCACCCCCUUUCAUCAUCUCUUUCUCCUCCAACUCCCACCCCCCCUUUUUGGAUGAGCACGCAUAUAUUUCAGUACAAAACAGA